ACCGGUUCAACGUGUUCCUCCUCCCCUGCCCCAACCUGGACGUUUACGGCGAGUGCAAGCUGCAGAUCACCCACGAAAACAUCUACCUCUGGGACACGCACAACCCGCGGGUGAAGCUGCUCUCCUGGCCCCUCUGCUCCCUGCGCCGCUACGGGCGCGACGCCACCCGCUUCACCUUCGAGGCGGGACGGAUGUGUGACGCGGGGGAAGGUCUCUACACUUUCCAGACGCAGGAGGGUGAACAGAUCUACCAGCGCGUGCACAGUGCCACGUUGGCCAUCGCCGAGCAGCACAAGAGGGUCCUGCUGGAGAUGGAGAAGAAUGUCAGGGUGAGCUCCAGCCCACCCUGCCCGCCCCCCCACCGAGCCCCCGCCGCUCCUCCGGCCCCCGGGGUGUGCCCCCGCGAGCCCACCCUCUCUGUUUCGUCCCCAGGAGAGGUGUACGCGGGCGCCCAGGCCAGCUCGGACACCGACCUCCUCAACAGGUUCAUCUUGCUGAAGCCAAAGUCCUCCAAAAGCGACAAGCCUGAAAGCAGGGAGCCCACAUCGUCCCCAUGA